AUGGGUUGCAACCUCUGCCCACAGGAAGUCUUUACAUCUUUUCCUACCGCUAUUUUUAAUGAGAAUGCUCGAAUUCCAAUGCUUUUUGGUGACAAUUAUGCUGAAUGGAAGGAGAAAGUCAUUCUCACUUUAAGGUACUCGGAUUUGGAUUUGGCACUCCGUGUGGAAGAACUACCUAUUCCCACAGAAUCAAGUACGCCAGUGGCUAAGGCUAAUUAUGAGCGGUGGGAGCGAUCCAAUCGCUUAAGUUUGAUGCUCAUAAAAUCCCACAUAAGCCAAAGCAUUAGGAGUUCUAUCCCUAACAGCGAUAAGGUCAAAGCUUACUUGAAGGCAUUGGCCAGCACCCUUAUGAAGAGGCUUUCAGGUAUGACUUUCGACAGAAGUCGUACAGUGCGUGAGCACAUUAUGGUGAUGCGAGAUAUUGCUACUAAACUCAAGUCCCUUGAGGUUAAUAUGUCUGAACCAUUUCUUGUGCAUUUCAUUCUCAACUCACUUCCUCUGGAAUAUCGUCCGUUCAAGAUAUCUUACAACACACAUAAGAAUAAAUGGCCAAUCAAUGAACUCUUGACCAUGUGUGUUCAAGAAGAAGAGAGGUUGAAGCAUGAGACACCUAAAAGUGUUAAUAUGGUGACUCAUGGUAAGAGAAAUGCAAAGAAGGGAAAAGUGUUCUCAUGA